GCAAAUCCUGCAAGUAAGGCUAUGUUUUGUCCAAUUCAUAAAAUCACACACAAAUAUAGAGCUUUGUAAAUAGCAUGAAAGAAUUAUAAAUUGUAUCUUGUGUCUAACGCUAUGGACAUACAGUUGGUUAAGCCUUAACCUUGCCCAUCUGCCCAUUAAGUUAUUGACAAUUGAAAAUAAUACAUAGCAAAUAAUGUACAGGAAAUCGACUCUGUGUGACUCACCUGGUUCUGCAGACACAGGCUAAGCCUGGUCUUAGACUUAGAAGAUUAUUAAAGGAGAGACCCUGUAGAAAAUAUAAAUUAGUCCAGGCCAAGACUUAACCUGUGAGUUAAAAACCAAGAUAAAAGGUAAGAAACAAAUCUGAGGCUGGUUUUUUUUAUCCUUUAUAGACGUGUCUCACACUGCACAGCGUCAGAUAAUCUACUAACAACACUGAAGCUAAACCUGGGAGAAACCUCUAAUUAUCUCUAACCUCAAUGACUAAUAAAUUAAUUCUCUCAAACAGAAAAGACAGGCUUCUCUGUAAUUAGGUGGUUUUGGCAUUUGGUACCUGUAAGCUUUUUUUUUUCUCCAUUUUUGAUUUUUCUUUUUUAUAUUAAAGAUCGAUAUAAAGCCAAUGAGGACAGUCCAAUAAUUGUAAAUGUAAAACAGUAAAUGAUGGUUGAUGAAAAUCUGACCAGGUCAGUCCUAUAAUCUCACCAUGGAAAGUUUAGUAUUAGUAACAGUACUUUAGAACUUCUGCCCUCUGAGCCCCGAGUCAUGCGAUAACUCACCUACACAAUGGCACAACGACUGCUCAUAAAGCUGGUUAAACAUUGCAGCACACCCCCACUGCUCUGAGAAAACCUAUCAUAUACAUGUGAUAGCAUUCCAUUGGCAUAUUUGGAGUUUAUGCGUCACAGAUGUCAGCAUAUUUAUAUGGUUAAAACCCAAAAAAACAUCUGGGAUUGGUCCGGAAAUGGCCACUAUAAAACAGUUAAGAGGGAUGAGUUACAUUGUGUUCGCUGAUCUCACGCUCGCCAAGGCCAAUAUUGCAAUAAAUAACCAUUUAUUAUGCAUCAUAGGUGUCAUAUGGUUUAGUGGUUUAGAAUAAGACAGAAUGAAAGAAAGAAAGAAGAGGAAUGCACUUGGUUUGCCACAUAGUUGGCACAAGGUGUCACCCUUCAUAUAAGCCUCCUUAGCCCAACUCUGACCUCAAAUCACAUCUCUCGGAUGUUUAUUACUCAUUUACAAUUCAUCACUCCUAUGCAACUCUUGCAGACAUAUGAAUUAUAUCUAACUUCAGACGUGAUGAAUCAUACCAUUGUCCUCCUUAAUGGCUUUAUCCUGGUUAGGGCACAAGAUGGGAUAAUUCACCCUGGACAGGACACCAGUCCAUUGCAGGGCUUACACACACACACACACACACACACACACACACACAGGUAAUUUAGCAUAGCCAGUCUGCCUAACUGGACAGUUUGAGGAAACCUGAGAACCUGCAGAAAACCCACACAGCUACAUGUAGCCAAAAUAGCAAUGUCAUUAUGUUGCCAUUCAUUUUUACACCAAUAAACAAAACAAAAAAACGAGUUUUUUUGCAACUUUGCACUAUACUAAUUUAGGUGUUGCCAUCCGCCAGUAAAACACUUCCGUUUCAGCCUCCGAGUGAACUCAUCGCUGGGUGUCAGUGGGCGUGUAUCUACUGUAAAGCGCUUUAACCUCAGUGCUACUUUCUCACCGAGCAGGGACAGGAAGACACUUAACGGCUCAACAACAUUCACGUUUAUCUUUGUGCUUUCUUUCCCUCUUAAAUUAGCUGUCCUGUCUCGUUUAAAUCUAGAAUCAAGUUGCACAACGUGUAGUGUGCGAAAACAUUAGCACCUUUUUAUCCACUAAACUCCUGAGAUACUUUCUGAAUCGGAGUGCUGCAGUUACAGGUCCAUCUUGCCUCAAUUUGUCACCGUGGGGAAGAGAUACACUGUAGGCUACCACCCCAGGAGCCAACAUCUAAACGUGAUCGAGUGAGAGUUGAAGAGUGAGUGAAGAACUGAAAGAGGUGACGUCUGAGGGAGCGGGAGACAGCUCAUCGCUGGACAUGUCGUACAGCAGCCAGACUCCCCCCGACUCCAGCAGCAACAGCGGCAGCUCCAGCUCGGCGUCUCAGUAUGCUACGGCGGCACUGGGCGUGGGGCUGCUCGUGCUGGGCAUCGUGAUGGUCCUGUGGAGCGUGGUGCCUGCCGAUGGAUCCUUAAACAACUCUCAGACUACAGACGGAGACGGGCAAGUUAGGAACACAUCGUCAGUGGGCUUUGUUCUGCUGGGCACAGGAGUGGCCAUCAUGCUGCUCUCACUUUUCCUCAGCAUCCAAAACAAAUACCGAGCACAGAGACAAUCCAACAGCAACGCUAACACAGAGCAAGGACAGCAGGGAGAGAGGCAACCGGACGAAGCCGAGCAGUACACGGUACCCAGUUAUGAGGAGGUGGUUGGAAAUACUCAGUACCCCAUCAGCCAGUUCUCUCCGCGGCAGAACAGCACCACCCAUCUGCCAGCCUAUGAUGAACUGAUUGAGACAGCACAGGAUGACGUGGAGGGCUCUGGUCCACAUGAACGCAAGAACGGAGCAGACAAUUUGAACAUGACACACAUACUCCCCCAUAAGACCAACCGCUCCGGCCUCAAACUGCUUCCACUGAAAGUGAGGAGGAAGAGCUCGAGCAGCUCGCUACAGGUCACUGUCUCCAGCAUCGAACCCCUCACCCCUCCACCACAGUAUGAGGAAAAUCCCCCGGAGCUCCCAUCAGCAGCACACUGACCAUGUCAGCACUAACUCUUAUGGCAGGAAAUGUGUGCUGUGAUUUAAACACGCAUGAUGAUUUGGGCACUAAUUCGUAAUGUGCAUCACAGCUGCAGUCAUCACUAUGUUCUGUUCAGGAGCUGAAGACACAGUUUGUCUUCAUGACUGAAUAAUAAUGAAAGCCUCAAUAUAUCCCAUAGCUAAGGGAGGGAGAGGGUUUGCUAUGUGCUUCCUGUUUAUUAUAUCUGAUGAGAGCGUUUCAGAACACAUUUUAAACAGAAACAUGGGAGAGGUUUUCUAACGGAAUCUCUAAUGGAAGUGUAAUUAACACACUCAGGAAACAUGUGCCAGUGUGCUCUGCAUUAGUCUUCUCAGUCGUUUGUGUUAUUUAAAAAAAGCAAAAAAAAACAUCGUCUUCGUCUCAGCCUCAAUGCCAGUUUCUGGCUUUAUUUUGUAUUAUGUCUUUCAACACUUCUCAGCCUGAACAGUGUUACGUGAAUGAUGAAACAGGGUAUUUCACUUAACAAAUCAUUUUCAUAAUAUCAUGAAUUAUGUUCUUAUGCUAUACAACUCUGGCAACGUUCAAAUGAAAUUGCUGCUACAGAGCCUCCAUGUUAUUAAAGAUCAAGAGCAUAACAUAACAGCCAGACUACGACAUGAAAUAGUUCAAUAGCGAGUUUAGCCAGCACCUUUUUUGUGGAAUGGAGUUGUCGCAUUAUGUGUGAUCGGUGACGUUCGUCUGCGCUCUGUGUCAGUACCCUUUACCGGGAGUGAGACUAGCCCUUGUUACCAUAGUGACGAGCGGUGAAGUCAUGAAUGUGUAAGUGUGUUUGUGUGCCUCCUUAGGAGAGGAGACAGGGAAACUCUUUCACCAUGCAGCUGCAUGUUAUAUCACACAUUGUCCUUUUACUUUUGCUCUUUCACUGUUAGUAGUGUGUAUACACACACACACACACACACACACACUAACACACACAUGCACAUUUGUCUUACUAUUAUUGUAAGGACCGUCCACUGAUAUAAAUAUUAAUACAGCUAAUAAAUACUAUGCCUACAACUAGACCUAAUCCUAACCUUAUCCCAAGUAACCAAAAAGAAAACAUUUUGACUGUUUGGGUUUGUUUGUUUUUUUCUUCAUGGAGACCAACCAAAUGUCUCCAUAAUACAAAAGCUGUCAGAUAUUCCUAUACUCUUGGGGACAACAUGCCUAUACACACAGACCCACAAAGCAUUUUUCUAUUCUUCGUCUCUUGUUUAUAGAUCUUUAUCUUACAUUCCUUCACUUUGCCACACACUCUACCGACACUGACGCACACUGCAAGAGUGAUCAAAUCAUUUCACAUGUAUAGCAAACAUCUCAGUUUAUCUCAUUUCUGACUGGUAUAUGAUGUAUGAUAGGAAAGAAAAGUACUUUUAAGACCAUUUCAUUGUCUGCUUUUAUGCAUUCCGUAUUUUUUGUAGCACUAUUUAAGAGGAGGCUGACUCAUUUCUGUUAGACGUACUCUGUUCAUGACCACUCCCAUUAUUAAAAGGGUAACAUGUUCUUAAACGAUACACAUACAGGCAAUUUCUGAGACCAACUUUUCUUUUUUUUAAAAAAAUAUUUACGGUUGAAUCUUUCAUGAAAAUAAAUGGAGGCUUUUGAACUGAG